AUGGCAGUGCACAUGGACGCAGUGGCUGAUCGGGGACUGGAAAAAACGGCGCAAAAUGUUGUCCCAGUGUUAAAUGUUGUCACUUGUCCAAUUUUUUCAAACGUUUACGCUCGCCUGGCCCUGCUGGGAAUUGAAAUACGCUGCCAGGACUACCCACUGAGUAUUCUCACGGAGAGGCUGAAGGAGAAGCUGAAUAGCCUUGAGGAGUAUGCAGCAUCCUUGACUGGCUACAUCAGUAAGUGUAUAGAUGACGUCACUGUUUCCAAAUCCACCAUCACACGGGCCAACCAGAAGCCAUGGCUGACUGCAAUGGUCCACAUACUGCUGAGAACCCGUGAUGCUGCAUUCAGAUCAGGCGACAGGGCAGCCCUCAGGACUCCGGGGGCCAACCUGUCCCAUGCCAUCAGGGAGGCAAAGCGCACCUAUGCACAAAAAAUCCAUGACCCCUUCCUGGACACCAGAGACAGGCGGCGCAUGUGGCAGGGCAUCCAGGCCAUUACUGAUUAUAGGACUACCCCACGUAUCAGUGACGGUGAUGCCUCCCUCCCAGAUGUGCUGAAAAACUACUAUACUUAUUUUCUCAUUCUGACAUACAUAGCUGUGACGUUUAAAACCUCCAGAUCUGGAAUCAAGAUGCAGGAACAUCAAGGUGGAAAUUUUUCUCACACUGAAUUUUUGUUAGUUGGAUUUUCUGGACUUAACGAACACAGAUGGCUGCUUUUCUUCCCUUUUUGUCUCUUGUUUGUCUUAUCUGUUGUGGCCAACUCACUUCUAAUAUACAUUAUUAAAACUCAAAGGAGUUUACACUCUCCAAUGUAUGUUUUAGUAGGUGCUGCGGCAUUUGUGUACUUGUUUCUGACCAUGUCUUUCAUCCCUAGAAUGUUGUUAAGCUUUUUAUUUAACUGGAAUGCUAUUUCUCUGUUGGAGUGUCUGGUCCAAAUGUUUUUUAUUAAUUUUAUUGGCACAUUCCAAACAUCCAUUCUUCUCCUGAUGGCUGUAGAUCGCUAUGUUGCCAUAUGCAUUCCAUUGCGCUAUAAUGACUACUUGAACACUUCUAAUUGUUUUAAAUUUGUGAUAGUAUCUCUUGUCAGAAAUGGCAUUUUCUUUGUGGUUAUUGCAUUUCUCGAUGGCAAUCUCUCCUUCUGUAACUCAAAUGUCAUAGAUCAUUGUUUCUGUGAGCACAUGGGCCUGGUGGGGCUGGCCUGUGGAAGUACGGUGCUAAAUAACAUUGUAGGACUCCUAAUAAUUUUUUGUAUAACAGUUCUUGAUUGGAUGUGUGUUCUUGUUUCUUAUAUCAAAAUUUUCGUUUCUGUUUUUCUGAGGGACUCAGGAAAAUCAUCCAGGAAAGCAGUCCACACCUGCACUACCCAUAUUAUGUUCUUGUUCUUAAUUUACAUCUGUGCAUUUGUAGCAUUGCUUUCAUAUAGAACAGGGAAUUCACUUUCUCCAAAUAUCCGUGUCUUAAUCAGUAUAUUGUAUCUACUUUUCCCCAGCUGUUUGCAUCCAAUCAUUUAUGGCUUUAGAACUAAAGACAUAAGAGUCCACAUAGUGAAAUUUUUUCAAAGUCAAACACUAGCUCACAUUGCUGUAAAGGUUUCAAGUGGAACAUCACAGUAG